AUCGAGUGGUGCCAUUCUGUAAGUGGGUUUCGUCAUUGCUGGAAGUAACCUUAGGACACUGAGGGGCAGAUAUAAACCCGAGCAAGGGAUCCAUAGCCGGCACCAUCACCCCACGACUACACGGAGCUGCCAUGCAGGCGUCCCAGAUCCGCAGCCUCACCGGCGCCAUGGUGACUUACUGCGCCGCCGCCAGGAACAUGGAGCAGGAGGUCAUGUUCCCCAGCCUCCUCCGGGACGUGCCCAUGGAGCAGAAUGGUGCCGAGCUGGGGGACCUGUAUGAUCACUACAUCAGGCUGAAAGCCAUCCGGAUCAGCCUGGAGAGCGGACUGGUACCACUCAGUACCCAGCACAAGCACCCGGAAGGGGCAGCAAUGGGCACGGCGGAUAAUGAGACCCUUUUCUACCAUCAUUUCUCCGGGCUACUCUGCAUCCUGGGGCAACUGACCAGCGAAUCCAACGCCCUGACCAACAGGUACAGCGAUAUAAUCGGCACCGCCAGGGGAGCGUAACCACCCAAUGAGUCUCCGGGGAACCAACCGAUUUCCCUGAACACUAACCCCUGCAGCAGCAGCAUAGGGACUCACAGCUGCGUAUGGAAGGGACCAGGCUGAUUAAGGACUGACUGAUGGGCUUUUAUCUGUUCCAUGCUGCCAAAUAAAGGGAAAGUGUGCCGAGAUCCAA